AACUUGAGGAAUGUGGCGGAGCACUCCAAGAGGAAAUGGAUUUACUUCUAGGCCAGGACAAAACAAUGAAAAUGAGAGGCUCCAGCCUGGACAAGAACAUCAUGUCAGGGGCAGAUACUUCACAGGAAGAGGAAGGUUUCCUAAUCCACCACGUGGUCGUGGUAGAGCGAAUACACAAAGAGGUGCACAGAGUUUGGGUGAUUUGAGUAGUACAAAUGAUGGGAACACAAAGUCAAAAGGAAAAGCUAACUAUGGAGGUACCAGAAAGAAGCGAGAACAUCCCAUGGGAUAUAAAGCUUUAGAACGAAUGCUUACCCUUUAUCCUGAUGAAGUGGUAAUGCAGCUCCAGAUGGCAAUGUCAGGAUAUGAUUUGCUCAUUGAUCAAGAGGAAGACAUCACCCCAGAUAAAAUAUGCUUAUUAAUGAAGGUUUUAUCACAUGCAUCAGAGACCCGAUCAAACCGAGAGAAUUUAUAUAAGCUUUUUAGCAUAACAUUUAAAAAAAAUUUUAUUAAUCGUCUGAUAAGUUUUUCCAUUGAAUUUGGAUUAGAAGCAUAUAGUGAAAAUAGUGAAACAUAUUUUGAUGAGCUUUGUAAUGUUUUGAAUGUUUAUGCAAAUGCUAUGCCCACUCAUGCCUCUGACAGUAUCACAUUGUUGCUUGAAAGUUGUAUCAUGAAUAUUCAAAAGAUGUCGACUUUACAAGAAGAAAAUUCUUUUCUGAGAAAAUACCAAGAAAUCAAACAUUUUCUUGAAGAAUAUAAGCAGAGACUGGGAGAGUCAGGAUAUGUAGAACACAAGAAAAGACACAGAGGCAGAUGGGAAGAUGACCUUGCACCUCCAAAUGAUUUCAGAGAGUUAUCAGUCUUGCCCACAGCAGAAGAUCUUAAUGAUAAUGUUGAGCCAUUUCUUCGCAGAAAUAUUGUUCAAGGCAAAUACUCAAAUGUUAACCAUUAUUUGGAUGUACAGUUUCGAUUGCUCAGAGAAGACUUCGUGAGACCCCUCCGAAAUGGCAUAAAUGAGUUCAGAUGCAAGUCACAUUCCCAGAACAGAGACAUUUGGAUCUAUGAAAAUGUGAAAAUUGUUGGAGAGGACAUUCAGAAUUUUGAAAUGAUUCAUUACAUAAAACUCAAUCUACCAAAGAAUUUCAAAAUUGAAAGUUCAAAGAGACUGCUCUUUGGUAAUCUGCUAUGCUUAAGUAAUGAUAAUUUUUGCACUCUGUUUCUUGGAUCAGUGUGUGACAGAAAUUCAGAAAAGCUGAAAAAUGGAAUAAUUGGAGUAAAGUUUGAUUCAGACAUUGACUUGCAUAAAGAUUCAGUAUUUGUUAUGGCAGAAACAAGAUCAUACUUUGUGGCCUAUAAACAUGUUCUCUUUGCUCUUCAAGGUAUCAUAGAGGAUUCAUUCCCAAUGGAGUCCUUUAUUGUUCAUGUUGAACCGCAUAUGAGACCUCCAAGUUACUUGGCACAACAUGCAGUGUAUGAUCUUCGUGUAAUGCAGAGUGCAAGUAUGAUGAAAGAGUCAGAGGCUAGCAGUAAACUAUUCAAACACAUUAAUAAGACCACAGAAGAGCAAAAUGAAUAUCUGCCACAACUUCAGAAUGUGAUGGUUAUGAGUGAGCUUCCAUACUGGCCCACUGAAAAUGCACUUGGUUUAGAUGACUCUCAACGCCGAGCACUUAGAAGUGCUCUUGUUAGUAAACUUUCUAUCAUUCAAGGUCCCCCAGGCACUGGAAAGACAUUUAUUGGUCUCAAAAUAUCUCAAGUACUUCUUCACAAUAGUCAAUACUGGAAGAACCCAAACCAGGCUUCGCCAAUAUUAGUAGUGUGUUUUACUAAUCAUGCUCUUGAUCAGUUUCUGGAAGGAAUGAGCCAUUACACAAAUAGCAUUGUACGUGUGGGCUCAAGAUCCAAGAGUGAGAUCAUUGAUGAAUUCCAAAUAAACAAACUUGUAAAGGCUCUUAGAUCACGGAAAGAACUUCCAGCUGAUGUUUAUGAAAUGAACAACAAUUUAAUGUGGCAAAUAAGGGAAUUGGAAUCAGAUGUUAAAUCAUGGAGAAGAGUAGUGCAAGAACUUUUGUCACCAAGUGGAAUCCUGAGACUUGAUGUUUUUUCAUCAGAAGACAUAUUACCUGAUACUGUACUUCAACAGUUUAGGGGAAUGAACUUGCAGACUUGGCUUUUAGACGAAAAUCUCUGCACUCGAGAAGAUAUGGAAGAAAUUGCAGCUAAAAGUAUUAUCACCAACCAGUUAGACUUUAACAGUGGAUUUAAAAGUAAUGAAGAUGUCUGGCAGGAAGAUCUUGAGGAUUUGUAUGCCGAUGAAGAACGUGACAGAUUGGUGGAUGACGAAGAUCUUGUAGAGGAAUUGAAAACUGGUGUUACAGCUCAUGAUAUACUUAAAUAUGAAAUAAAAGCAAAGACACUAGAAGAAAGUUUAGAUGAUCUCCGACAAGAUGAUGAUAUGAGCGACUUUAACCCUGGAGUUGUAGCCAUCAUAAAGAAGUUACAGGUUCUGAAAAUAGGUUUAAAGACCUUGCCAAGAAACACAGAACAAGUAAAAGUCCUUGAAAAUGUUAACUUCAGAAAGUUAGACUUUCAGAGUCGUUGGGCAUUAUACAAGUUAUGGUUAAGUAGACUUGCUGAAAAAGUAAAGAAGAAGCUAUUAGAGGCUGAGAAAGAAUUUAAACGCACCAGCAAAUCUUGGAGAGAGAUCAAAGAUCAAGAGUACCUGCACAUCAUGAGACAUGCAGCAGUAGUGGGCAUGACAACCACAGGGGCUGCUACUUACACUAAUGUCAUCCAGGCACUUCAGCCUUCUAUAGUUAUAAUUGAAGAAGCAGCAGAAAUUUUAGAAGCUCAUGUGAUUUCAUCGCUGACAGGAAAUUGUCAACAUCUCAUAAUGAUUGGUGACCAUCAGCAGCUGCAGCCUAGUGCAACAGUAUAUGAACUUGCUAAAAAGUUCAACCUAGAGACAUCGCUUUUUGAGCGCAUGAUAAAAAAUAAGAUUGG